AUGCUCCAAAACCUUUUCAUUUGUGCUCUCUUCUAUGCGGCGACAGCCUUGGCUGCUAGGCCUUUUCUCAAUGAGCCUGACACUUUGAUCGAUGAGUCUUUCGCGACCUUCCCCAUUGUCAAUGGGAGUUUACCAGACAUAUCUCGACUCCUUGGUCUUCCGGACUUUGACUGGGCGGCAAGACAGGUCAUGAAUGACUCGGCAUAUACCAGGUAUCGCACUGGCUCUGGUGGAGAAUGGUCCUACAGAAACAAUCUAGAGGUGUUUGAGCGGUACAGAUUCAGACCUCGAGUUAUGGUUGAUGUUUCAAAUAUCGAAUCGUCUAUGGAGACUACUAUUCUUGGCUACAAAUUCUCUGCACCCUUCUUCAUUAGCCCAUGCGCUACAGCAGGCCUCGCUCAUCCCGAGGGUGAGAUCGGUUUACUCAAGGCGGCAGCGGACCAGAACAUCCUAUACAUCCCUUCACUUGCCACCAGCGUUUCUCUGGAGGACAUUGCCGCUGCUAAAGCCCCUAAGAGCCAGGUUCUGUUCCAGCAGAUCUAUGUAACGAACAACAAAACAGCCGACAAGCUUCUUUUCCAGCGCGUCGAAAAGACUGGAGCAAAGGCCUUGGUUCUCACUGUAGACUCGGCUGGGGACCGCACCCGUCAUCGCGCCCUUCGAUUUGAAGAAAACGCGAACCAGGCACGUUCUGACAGCUAUAGAACCAUGACUUGGGACAUUUACAAAGAUCUUCAGAAACUUACAAAGCUUCCAAUAAUCCCCAAAGGUAUCCAAACUGUUGAAGACGCUCUAGCAGCUAUCGAAGCAAAGGCACCAGCCAUAUUCCUCUCUAACCAUGGAGGACGUGCUCUUGAUGGUUCCCCUUCGAGUUUCGAGGUGGCUCUAGAAAUACACAAGAGAGCGCCCCAUGUUUUCAAGCACAUUGAGGUUUAUGCUGAUGGCGGUAUCCGCUAUGGUACCGACGCUCUUAAGCUCCUUGCUCUAGGUGUACGAGCUGUUGGUCUCGGCCGUCCGUUCAUGUAUGCCAAUGUGUAUGGCUCAGAAGGUGUUUCCCGUGCCGCCAGUAUUCUCAAGAAGGAAAUCACAGCUUCUGCUGCUACUCUCGGGGUAACGAACUUGAAGACUAUCAGCCCAAGCUUUUUGGAACUGAACCAAAAUGGGUGGUACAGCUAG